GGAUUUAGUUCCACAUAAACCUUACUGCUAAAACGACAAGCCAUUAACCAGGGUCCUAUGUUUAAAUCGAUGGAUACGUUUAAUUGAAAAAUUUCCAGGUCUCAAGUUCGAAUUGUGAACUCGUCCUUCUCUACAGCAAUGGCGUUUAGAAUAACACCAAUGUCGAUAAUAACGACCUCACGCCACUGCCUGACCUUUCACCAUUGUGCUGGUCUCAUCAAACCCCGACUUUUCAGCCCUGAAAUCCCUAAAAGAUUGAACUCAUUUCAGCUGUUUUACACAAAUCAUAAUCCUAACUUGUGCACAAAAGCCUCACACCAAAUAACCCCGCUCGUCGAUACUUACGCAGCGCAAACACAGAGUCAAAACGUGGUGGAGAUUCUGGAAGAACGCGGGCUCAUCGAAACAAUGACCCACCAAGAUCUCAGGUCAGCUUGCUCAAACCCUAAUUCUAAGGCUUUAAAAGUUUACUGUGGUUUUGAUCCAACUGCUGAAAGCUUACAUUUGGGAAACUUGCUUGGCAUAAUUGUCUUGACGUGGUUCCAAAAGUGCGGUCAUGUGCCCGUGGCAUUAGUUGGGGGCGCUACCGCUAGGGUUGGGGACCCCUCUGGUAAAAGCAUUGAGAGGCCCGUAUUGGACGAAGAAACUAUUAGGAGAAAUUCCGAUGGGAUUAGAGUGAUUCUCGAAAGAAUUCUAGGGCAUGAAAAUCAAAAUCUAGUUUCGGGCAAUCGGAGGAGUUUAGUUAUGAACAAUUAUGAUUGGUGGAAGGAGUUUAAGGUGCUAGAUUUUCUCAGAGAUGUAGGGAAGUAUGCUAGAGUGGGUACCAUGAUGGCCAAGGAGAGUGUGAAGAAGAGGUUGAAUUCGGAGGAAGGGAUGAGCUUUACGGAGUUUUCGUAUCAGUUGUUGCAGGGAUAUGAUUUCCUUCACUUGUUUAAAAAUGAGGGAGUUUCGGUUCAGAUUGGAGGAAGUGAUCAGUGGGGGAAUAUUACUGCAGGUACUGAUUUGAUCAGAAAGGUUCUUCAGCAAGAGGGGGCUUAUGGGUUGACGUUUCCUCUUCUUUUGAAGAACGAUGGGACUAAGUUUGGGAAGUCAGAAGAGGGAGCCAUCUGGCUUUCUCCUUCUAUGUUGUCUCCUUAUAAGUUUUACCAGCAUUUUAUUGGGACUGCGGAUGCUGAUGUCAUUGUUUUUUUGAAAAAGCUUACCUUUUUGACCAUGGAGGAGAUUUUAAAUUUAGAAGAGAGUAUGAGGAAGCCUGGGUAUGUUCCCAAUACACUUCAACGGAUGCUUGCCGAGGAAGUGACUCGUUUUGUCCAUGGGGAAGAGGGAUUGCAGGAGGCGCGGAAGGCAACAGAGGCUUUGGCACCUGGUUCGAAGACACGCUUGGAUUGGAGAACAAUUGAAGCCAUUUCCAAUGAUGUUCCCUUAUUGUCGCUGUCAUAUAGUGAGGUGUUAAACUCAUCUCUGGUGGACUUGUCUGUGAAAGGAGGGUUGCUUGAAACGAAAGCAGCUGUGAAGCGUCUUAUAAGACAAGGAGGUUUCUACCUUAAUAAUGAAAGAGUGGAAAGUGAGGGAAAGAUUAUUGAACAAGCUGACAUUGUUGAUGAUAAAAUGUUGCUUCUUUCUGCUGGUAAGAAGAACAAAAUGGUUGUAAAAAUAGCCUAAAUUGAUGUACGCAAUUUGGGAAUCUCAAUUGUUUGAAUGGAUACAUAUUCACACUUUUCUAAUCAACCAAGGUUUAAGGCUCUUUGACAUCC